UCACUGACCCCGAUCAUUCAGUGUGAUUAUUAAACUCAUGGUAUUACAUCCAGCUGUUUGAGGACUUACAACAAGCGAGUGCAUUGUGAACUUUCAAUAUGGAUAAACAAAGUACAAGAAAAUCUCUUCCCUUCUCCAUACGUCUCUCCCACUUCACAGUGCUGGCAUUGAUGGCUCUACUGCUCCUGGUGCUGAAUUUGUAUGGCAUAAUGUAUGAUAACACUGCAAUUAUUGGAUCUUAUCCCAAAUGGAGGAGAUAUCCAAUUCCAAAGUUUAAUCACACCAUGAGGCAGAAAGUGGAGACAAGGAAUCUCCAUUGGACAGACAAGCUGGUUCAAAAUGGCUACCAGAAUCACAGCUUCACCCCUGAAGAAAGGUCAGAGGGAAUGUUCCUUAUGAAAAUGAUCGAAUGGCCUAAAUCACCCAACUCUUCUAUGCCAUUUCGGAAAAGCAGUGACCCAGCACAUGUUCGUUUUGUAAUUUUAAAUUCUGCAAAGACUUUCUAUGUGGGGGAUCAGCUGCAAGUGAUGCUGCAGAUGUAUGAUUUUGACGGUCACCCAAAGCAAUAUGGGGGUGACUAUCUCCAAGCUCGGAUCCACACCCCAGCUUUAAAAGCUGGUUCAGCAGGAACAGUUAUAGACAAUGAAAAUGGAUUUUACUAUAUCAAUUUUACUUUAUUUUGGCCGGGGAAAAUUGAAGUUUCUGUUUUACUGGCUCAUCCCAGUGAAGGGAUCCAAACACUUAAAAGACUACGUGAGGAACGACUAACGAGAGCAUAUUUUAAAAGUACCUUCAAGAAUAGGAACAUUUUAGAGACUACUCAAUGUAACCUUUAUUUGGCUCAGACUGGGCCACUUUGUAACUUUACUGAUCCCAGGACUGGGGAGCCCUGGUUCUGUUACAAACCAAAGAAGCUUCCCUGCUCUGCUCGUAUUAGCUCGACUGUAGCAGGAUUUCUAACAAAUCUCUUCAUUGGAGAAGAGAAGCUUUAUUUCCAAAGUCGCAUCAACCUCAAGCAGCCCAUAUUACCCAGUGGCACAGGAUACAUAAUGGUAGAGCCUUCACCUCGACCAGCUCCGGGUCUUGGAAAAUGUGUCCGGGGACAGCCCAUUGUUUCACCAUCUGGUUUUUAUUAUAAGGACCAGUGGAUGUCAUCGACCUGCAAUAUUUACCACUUUGACACUCCUGCAAAAAUGACAAACUGUCUUCGUCGAAAAAAAGUUUAUCUGUUUGGAGAUUCCACUAUGCGUCAGUGGUUUGAAUAUUUAACUCAAUCCAUUCCAGGUCUGAAAACAUUGGAUCUUGGUAAUCGUAUCAAGAUUGGUCCUCAUCUUGCAGUGAACGUGGAAAACAACAUUGUGGUAAAAUUUCGCCCUCAUGGUCUUCCCAUCCAAUUCAACACCUUUUCAAGACACCUGCGUUAUGUUUCAAAUGUACUGGAUGAAAUUAGAGGAGGAGGAAACACAGUUAUAGCCAUUACCUUAACAGCCCAUUUCACCCCUUUUCCUGUCGAAGUCUACAUUCGGAGAAUACAGAAUAUCAGGAGAUCAAUUCUACAAUUACUUGACAGGAGCCCGGGUACACUGGUUGUAAUAAAGACAGCCAAUGUCCGGGAACAGCUCCCACAGACCAUUACCUCUGCCAGUGACUGGUACGCGUAUCAGUUUGAUUCAGUGAUGAGGAAGAUGUUCACAGGCAUCAACGUGGUAUUUGUUGAUGCCUGGGAGAUGACAAUAGCACAUUACCUUCCUCACCAUAUACAUCCCGGGAGAAUUAUUAUAAAGAACGAAGUAGAUGUGUUUCUUUCAUAUGUGUGCCCUUCUGUAAAAUAAUGAAAUUUGUAUGGGAUCAAUUAUAACCUGGGUUUUUUUUCAUAUGAUUCAAAAUCUAAAGUAUAACUUCAUAUUUUUAGGGGUCUAUAUCAUCACUGCUACAGGAUAUCCAUGUCUGACACUUGUCUAACAAACUUGGUCUGAACAUACCCACUGAAUAUCUAUGCACGUCUCACAAACUGUUCAAUUAUUCAGCACUUCCCCACACUCCUGCUCACACAAUAUCUCACACACAUAACAUCUCAAAAACACAGACUCUCUCUCACACAUAAUUCCUUAAGCGAAUACACUGUGGGAAAAGAUCUGCCACCUGCUUACCCAUAAUAGGCCCACACAGAACAUAGGAAAGUAAACUUGACCAAACUAUACCAGAAACACCCAGAAUGCCUCAGCAGAGACCAAACAGACUGACAAGUGAAACCAGAGAGCACUCACAGACAAGGGAAUACACUUCCUAAAACACACUAACAAUAUCAGGUCAACACGGCUGUCCCAAAGCCCCGAGGGCAGUCUCAUAACACAGCAAUACCAAAGCCACACAAAGAACAGGUCAUACGGAGAGGCACCACCAAGGACAUCGCUCCCAGAACAGGACAAUGGAAGCACCUUAGUGUUUCAAAAGCGACAUUCUCACCUACCUGCAAAGAGGACUGGAGUCUCCUGAUCCAUUGAUACUGUCAGGAUGUUGCAUUGUAUCGAGAAUCAGGACAUUCAUCCGAUAACUGUUUUUCAAUUAUCAUCAUUGUAAUUAGAUUAUUUCAUUUCCAAAUACAGUGUAUCUUUCCCCAUUUUAAUUAACCUUAUUGUACAAGAUUCCUAUAAAACCUGGCUUCAACCUCAGCUCGAGGAAGAGAAUUCUCUGACAGCUUAGUCAAUUUCUCUUCUGCGAUAUCACCGUACUAAUAAGCUGUUUGUCAGUUUCACUUCAAACUGUGCUUUGUGAUCUCAAAUUUAAUGGGCUAGUUUCUCCGACAGUUUGGCGUUAGUCGGCACCCCUUUUUCUUCUCUCUCAACAGGGUAAGCGAAGCUGAUAUUUCAAAUUUAGACCAAUUCAGACCUGAUGGCUAACCCUGCCCCAGUGGCUCAGACCAGAGAAAGGCUGGACGACUGGGGAGGGUGGCCACAUUUCUGAUCUAGUAACUGCGGCAAAUUGGUUUCAGCUACCACAGACUUGGCCUGGGGAGGUAGUCAGGUAGGCUCCUAAAUUGAUCAAUUAAAUUUUAAACAAUUUGGCAUAUGCCUGAUCCAACUUGAGCCAGGACUUGUGUCAGGAUCCUGAUCCAGCCAGGUGAAAGACGGUCGAGCAGAGAAAGUAUGGCAAGAUAGAAGGAGAGAACGCUGAUCAAUUUUCGAUAGAUCCUCCGCUCGAAGGAAAUUGGUUGGGGCCCCAUUUGUGUAGUGCUGCCCUGUGGUCUCUAAGUUUUUGUUUUGGGCGCGUCUGCUUGUUCUGCCAUUACUGAGUGUUUGUCAGGUCAAUUUCAGUUCUCCCACCUGGCUGUGUUUGUUCAGUGCUUAAGUGUUUGUUUACUUUGCGGUCAGUGAUUAUUGCCUAACCUGUCAAUCACUCACAGCCUGUGUGUUCUGCGAGCGCUCUGUUUUUCCCUCGAAAGCUGGAGCACUGCCUUUACACAUCAACCCAGGACAUUCAUUUUUUGUCGGGAUAUGCCAGCUGUAGGAGCUGGGCAACUCCAACCACAUAGUGAGAACGGCCCAGGGCCGAAAAUGAACAGGAAUAUACAGAGAAGGCAAGGUAAAUAUGUGAACUUCAAGAAUAAGUUAGGAGAUGUUCUUGUUACACCUAGUUCACCGGCAGACACUGUGCUAAAAGGCACAGCAGACAACCCUUACGAAGGGAACUGGCCAUAUGGGGGGGGUCCUUCAAAAUUGAUAAAACUGAUUACUGGACCACGGCCAUUACAGGGGGGCACGGGGAUCCCUCAUGGCACACUGUCGACAUGUUGCAGUGUCCCACCAAGUUUCAGGACAUUGUCAAACACCAUCAGUCCCCUAAAGUAAAGGACCGCUGCAAUAAAACCCCGACGACGGAGACCCCUCCACCCUGGACACAGCCCUGCCGCCCUACGCCCCUCAAUCCCCGACACCUCCCCGACCAGCCCCAGAGAGGGACCCGCUGCUAAAUGAAGUGGCUGCCUUUGUUACCACACAGCCCACGAGAAACUCGCAACAGGACACAGCAGCCGCUGAGCAUUCUGAAUCACUACUGUUACCCAACCCAGAUAUUAACCACAGGGUCACACGUAGCAUGGCGGCUGCCCUGAAAAACCAGGGCACUGAAUGUCAGCUUCCACACAUCAUGAUUGGCUCUACUCCCCUUGAUAAGCCCUGGACCCACGCAAAGGUCCGGGCCAUGUUGCAGGAUGCCCCAGACCCAUUGAAACAACCACUCGCAUUCUAUAAUUGGCUACUACAAAUUUCCAACAUCUACAACUGUCUGCCCCAGGAUGUGCAGACCCUGUUACAACUUCUUAUGGGACCCACUGGACGACCAUUAACUUCCCCACCCAACUCUGGGAUGCUGCUGCAGACUGGGAGAGAUGCUGGGAGACAGCACUGUGAAGGAGGCGGUAAAAGCCAGUGCAAGACAGCACACAGAUUUUGGCACUGUUACCCAGUGUCUGCAGAGAGCAGACGAGCCCUUGCCGGACUUCAUUGCCUGCUUUAGGGAGGCCUGGGACUCCUCAGCAAGCAUUCCCUUAACAAUAAGAAACUGACUGGACUGACUCUCGUAAAUUGCUGCCCCCUACAGUCUGCGCAUAUAUAUAAACUACAUAAUCUGACGAGGCAAACACUGUCCUGGGGGGACACCUUGAUCAGACUCACUAACCUGGAUAGGAGUGGAUUGUUCAUCACGCCAAGACAGACGGGGCAUUCCCCCGAAUUGCACAACCAGACCCGCCCUAGGGACACAGCUAAGUCAGUGCAGAGAGCUGUGGGAUUUCCAAAAGGACAGUGUUGGAACUGUGGAAAAACAUGACACUUGGCUAAAUGCUGCUGGUUACCACCCAAGGUGAGGGCGGCUCAUCUCUUUUCUGGUAGAUUCCGGGGCCAUCCAUUCGUCUGCGCCUCCCUCUGCAGAACUUUCCCUGAAUUCCAAGACUGUCACACAGUAUGUGCUUCGGGAAUGCCCAUGACAGAGCCACUCUCCCAACCCAUGAACUUUAGUGUCGGACCAGCCACUGUCCCUGAUGCGGUCAUCAUUUCCACUACCUGCCCAGUCACCCUCCUGGGCCGACAGACCUUAUGCAAACUAAACGCCAGCAUUCACUGUUCCCCUGAGGGUCUCACACUGGAGAUCCCGGUCACCCACUACUCCAUGUUGCCGGUGGCAAUCACCUGCAGCCCUAAACCUUCCGACUAGGCAAGCUCCUGCUAUCCCUGUCCAUGCCCCAAUACACCUACCCACACUCUUCUUGACCCCCUUCUUUCCCUAUUACCAACGGCCCCUUCAUCCCCCACUUUAUCUUUCCUCUGCUGGGCGAUACUGACAGGCCUCGGUCUGUCAGUUUCACUGUGCAGCUUCCGGUCCUCAGGACCCAGCAUCACCACAUACUGCACUCGCAGACCCUCCCCUCCCCACUAGCAGCAACUGGCCUGUACUUUGUGGGACCACAGAGGGUGACAGCAGAGGUACAGCUUGGCAAGGAACAGGCUGCACUAUUCUGCAACGGACAGACAGCAGUCCCCCACAUUCCCCUCAUUGUCAAAAGCCCAUGGCUCCCCAAGGAUUUAGGCUUCAUGAUGGUGCACCUGAGGAAGCACCUCCCUCUUCACCGCACCCCUCAGUCAGACCCCCGCUCCUCUCGUAGAGAUUGCCCAACUUGGGCAGGAUGAUUUCGGUGCUGCACUCCUGCAACACUCCAGGCCACUUUCACCAUGCAAGCCCCAGGCACUGCCCCUCCUACGAAAAUCCCCUGUUGCUUGCUGACCUUCCAGCAUCACUGUGGGUGCAGCACCCCAACCACGCAGGCUAGUGAGAUCCUGCCCACCACACACUGUCACAGUAAAACAGGGAACCAUCCUGCCGUCUAUACAGCAAUACCCACUGUCGCCUGCAGCAGCAGAAGGCAUCAAGCCAGUGAUUGACUCCCUCCUACAACAGGGUGUCCGAGUUCCAACAAUCAGUCCUUGUAAUACACCCAUCCUACCCAUCCCGAAACCCAGGAGGCCAGGGAAGUGGCGCUUUGUCCAAGAUCUCUGAGCCGUGAAUGUAAUUGUGAUUCCCUGCUCCCCAGUGGUCCCGGACACUGACACCAUCCUCACCACUAUCCCUGCCUCUGCCACCUGCUUUUCUGUAAUCAACCCCUGCUCAGCCUUUUUCUCCUUCAAAUUGUCCCCUGAAAGCCAGUACCUUUUUGUUUUUAUGUACGGCGGCUGCCAGUACACAUGGAUCACACUUCCCCAGGAUUACAUGGAGAGCCCCACAGUCUUUGCUGCUACAGUACACCGUAUCCUCUCUACUUUACACCUGCCAUGCAACAGUACCCUUCUGCAAUAUGCGGAUGAUCUA